GGAGCUGCGUGCUACGUUCGCCUCCUCUCUCUUCUUUCUCUCUCUCUACGAGCUACGUGACGUGAACUUGAUUCUUCGCGCCACGUGCUUCGAGAACUUGGUGCAACCGUGAAUUGGUGCCCCUCUCCCUCUCUCCUUUCUCUCGUCUCGCCGGCUCCCUCUCCUUAACGUGCUUCGUGAACUUGGUGCGUCGCGCUUCGUGAACUUCCACGUGGAUUGGUGCUACUGAGCGUGAGACUUUGGACUAUUUUUUCUUGCUGGGAGAACUUGGAUGGCUUGGUCGAAGGCUUGCGCGUUGUUGGUUGAAGGCUUCGUCGACAUGGCUGACUCAAGAAACGCUCCAAUAUGCACGCCCAGCGUUACGGUUCCCAUGACAGCGCUACUUCCAGACAACUCCCCCCCGCGAAGAGCAACUGCCAAGCAGAUUGGAUGCUGAUUGCUUCAUUCAUUCAUCCAUUAUAACACCUGCUUGACAUCAGUCUGUCGCACCCUUACAGUCGAAGGCGACUUCCCAACUCUUCCGGCCGACCAAUCUUCAAUCACAUCGUCCGCGCCCACCAAACUGAGGCUCACUCCUCACACACACACACACACACACACACACACACACACACACACACACACACACACACACACACACAGAGUCAAAACUGAACCAGUAAGCACAUGGCAUACAUACAAGAUCGGUCGAUCACAACCAUAUCCAGACAACACAGCAACCAAACUCAGAAUCCCAAUCGUCAGCAAACUGAUCAACGGCGUGUUUGGGUGGGGUUUUGGGGGGGUGAGUGUAGAAAAAAGAGGGCAAUCAAAUGGAUGCCAAGUCUACUACCUGUAGUAGCAAAGGAACCCUUCCGAGCGGAGAAGAACUGCCGAACGAAAUCUCAGAAGUACUGCCCAAAGCUGGUCUUGUUUAUUCUGAGAAAGGCAGCUUGGGCGAUAUAUUGUGCAAGCCAAAGAUCUUACCACUGAAAUCGAUUACCUUGGAGGUGCUGGAGUCACUGUCGGAAUCGCAAAGCGGCGACGUCAAGCGGGCAGCAAGCGAAGAAGGGGAACAGAAUCAGCGGCAGGGGUUGGGAGUUCUGAGGGCAGAGAGAGAAGUGGGUGUUGCCAGCGUGGGGACCACCACAGAAGCCACCAGUCGAGAAUCAGGGCAGCAGGGGGCAGGGGAAGAAGGGCAACAUAAGCGGCAGCAGGGGGGGCGAGGACAAAGGACGGAGAGAGAAGUGGUUGGGGUUGGGGUUGGUGUGAGUCGGGCAGCAGCAGCAACCAUACAAACACAAGCCAUCAGUCGAGAAUCACGGCCUGCUGACAGCUCUUUCCCCCCUCCUUCAGCAGCAGAGGCUGUGUCUGGAGAGCCCCUACCGCGCAUCGAUGAUCUGUUAGAUAGAGUGCAAGGGUGUCGGUACUUCAGUAAAAUAGAUCUGAAGUUCGGGUACCAUCAGAUUGCAAUCCGGCCCGAGGAUCAACACAAAACCGCAUUUCAGACUAGGUACGGUCUGUACGAGUUUGUGGUGAUGCCUUUUGGCCUUUGCAAUGCUCCUGGCACCAUUCAACACGAUAUGAAUCGGAUAUUCCAUGACUACUUGGAUAAGUUUGUCGUCGUGUACCUCGAUGACAUACUUAUUUUUAGUAAGACUGUUGAGGAGCACGUAGCACACUUAGACAAAGUUCUCAGUCUCCUGCGACAGCACAAGGUCAAUAUGAACGGUGAAAAGUGCGAGUUUGGCCGCACCCGUAUCUUGUACUUGGGUCAUGAGAUCUCCGCAGAAGGGUUGAAGCCUGAUGAUGCGAAGGUGGCCAGCAUUCGUGAUUGGCCACGACCUCAGUCUGUGACUGAGAUGAGAUCUUUCUUAGGAAUGACAGGCUACUGCCGGACUUUUGUAAAGAACUAUAGCAUUGUGGCCGCUCCUUUGACUGAUCUGACCCGCCUUGACACCCCUUGGGAGUGGACAGAUGAGUGCGCGGCUGCUUUCAGACAUCUGAAGCAUGCAUUGAUGCACUAUGAAGUCUUGAAGCUACCCGAUCCUGAUAAGCCAUUUACAGUAACCACGGAUGCCAGCCAAUAUGGCAUUGGCGCCUUGCUUGCUCUCACAGACAAUGUUACUCAAUCCUUGGUGGAAGCCUAUCGCGAGGACCAGUUUAUGUCUGAGAUCAUACGCAGACUUGAGGCGAAGGAUAAGAAGACGUCCGCCGAGUUUGAGUUGGUUAAUGGCUUGUUGUUCCUUGAGAAGGCAGGGAAUAAACGAUUGUGUGUUCCCAAUAGUGAGUCUUUGCAUAGUUUGUUUCUAGGUGAGUGUCAUGAUGCCACCGGUCAUUUCGGGUAUAAGAAGACCGCAGCUAACUUGCUGCAGCGAUUCUGGUGGCCCACGAUGAUGCGAGAUGCACAGUUGUACGUGGAGACUUGUCAAGUUUGUCAACGAGACAAGCCCCGUACUCAGGCUCCUCUUGGGCUGCUUAACCCCCUUCCGAUUCCGGAAAGGCCCGGUGAAAGCUUGUCCAUGGACUUCAUGGAUAAGUUGGUCACCAGCAAGAGUGGGAUGAGGCAGAUCUUCGUCAUCGUGGAUAGGUUUAGCAAGUAUGCUAGGUUAAUAGCCAUGUCGGAAAUAGCGAAGACCGAGUAUGUAAUCAGGCUGUUCAAAGAGAACUGGGUGAGGGAUUUUGGAUUGCCUAAGUCUAUUGUAAGUGACAGGGAUGUCAGAUUUACAAGUGAAUUAUGGAAGGCCGCUGCAGCUGAACAAGGAACUCAACUGCAGAUGACUUCUGGAAACCAUCCAGAAGGAAACGGCCGGGCUGAACAGAUGAACCGCGCUGUCCACCACCUGUUGAGGCAUUACAUUAAGCCCAACCAGGUGGACUGGGACGAGAAGCUUGCUCUUCAAAACAAGUCUGAUCUCAUCCUGCUUCGGCCCCUGAUCAACUAUCGCAGGAUCAAAGGGCUAUUAGACUGUGGAGCCACUCGCAACUUCAUGUCUCCCAGUGCAGUCCAAAAACUGCAUCUGGGCAUGAAAGUGGUGCAGCUGCAGCAACCGCUGCAGGUCCGCAUAGGGGACUCCACUGUCCUAACUAUCAGGGAGAAGGUUAGGGGCAUCAAUGUUACCUUCGACAACGCAGGAGAAGUCAGACACAGUCUGAACUUCUACAUGUUCCCUGACCGACCCUUUGACCUUGUAUUCUCUAUGCAGUGGCUGAGAGCAGUCAACCCAAGGAUCGACUGGCAGAUCCCCAAGGUUGAAUUGCCAAACAGCAAGGGGGUGUAUCAGCCUUGCAUGAUUGCAGCUGAUCACCACCCUCAGACUUCCUGCUUCUGCUUGAGAGCGAGAGAGUUAUACGCUCUCUCUCGCCAGUAUGACCAUGAGCGUCUGUUUAUAGCUCUGGUUAAGCAGACAGACGCUCCCUCUAUUCCCUGUCCUCCUGAGAUACAGCAGGUUGUGGACCAGUACGGUGAUCUGAUCCAGGAGCCCUUUGGGUUACCCAACCGGCCAACCAAGCAUCAAAUUGAGCUGCUGCCUGGAGCGGUCCCUCCCAAGGGUCGCAUGUACAAGAUGUCACCUGCUGAGCUCGAGGAGCUCAAGCGACAGCUUGAGACCCUGACCAGCAAGGGCUGGAUCAGGCCCAACACUUCUGAAUUCGGUGCCCCAGUCCUCUUUGUUCCAAAGGGGAGUGGCGAGUUUCGAAUGUGCAUCGACUACAGGGGUCUCAACAAAAUCACUAGGAAGAGUACCGAGCCACUUCCUAGGAUCGAUGACCUUCUGGAUAUGGUCCAGGGCUGCACUAUUUUCAGCAAAGUCGACCUCAAAUCUGACUAUCACCAGAUUGAGAUGGCAGAGGAGGACGUUCAUAAGACGGCCUUCAAAACCAGGUAUGGUACGUAUGAGUAUCUGGUGAUGUCAUUCGGACUUUGCAAUGCACCUGGUAUAUUCCAGACUGAAAUGCACCGCAUAUUCAGGCCGUACCUGGACAAGUUCAUGGUUGUUUACCUGGAUGACAUCCUCGUAUUCAGCAGGACUGUCAGGGAACAUGCGGAGCACUUGGCUCUGAUUGUUCAGGCAUUGCGUGACAGCCAGUAUAAGAUCAACAGGGAAAAGUCCUCUUUUAGAUUUCCCUCUGUUAUCUACCUGGGUCACGUGAUUUCUGGAGAUGGGCUGGCGCCUGAAGCAGCCAAGAUUGCUGCUAUUCAGGAUUGGCCACAGCCCCAGACAGUCCUGCUCCAGCUGCUACGUCCUGUGAUCUCUCCUGAUCAACAGGACUGGGAUCUCCACUUAGCGAGGGCACAACUCAUGUAUAACAUGUUUGUCCGCUCCUCGACAGGGUUCAGUCCCUACCGGUUACAUUGGGGACGUGAACCACGACAGCCUCUCGAUGACAUCAUCGAUAAGGCUAAGCCUGACCUUACCCCAGGCACUGCAGAGUUCGCCAGACGCGAUCGUCUGGAUGUGGAAAGAGUCAGGGCGAACUUGUUCAAGGCCCAAAAGGCCAUGAUUGAACAAGCCAACCGCCACCGGCGGCCUUCCCCCAUCCGCAUUGGUGACUAUGUCUGGGUGACCAGUUCUGAGUUGUCGAGGGAGAAGGAUAUUUCUCCCAAGCUGUUGCCGCGCUACCUGGGUCCGUGGCAGGUCCUAGAUAAAGUGGGCGCUGAUCCCUUCGGUCCGUCGCAUGUCAUCGACGUCCCGCUGCAUCUACGCACCUAUCCGGUCUUCCAUGCAUCCAACCUGUUGCCUUUUACACCAGCUGAUGCAUUCCCUUACCGGCCUCCUCAAUGGGACCCACCAAUCCCUGGUAAGGGAUAUGAUGUGGUGGCCAUUCAGGACGAGUGGGGCACAGGCCCCGAUCGGCAGUAUCUUGUCAGGUUCGCUUUUCAGCCUCCUUUUGAGAACCGGUGGUUCUACAGGAGAGACCUGGUCAAGACAGCCAAGGUUGACAUGGCGACAGGAACCCUAAAAGCAUAGUCGGUCUGAAGGUCGAUGUAGGGUCUUCAGCAAAGAUCGAUCUCAAGUGGCUAUCAUCAAUUGAAGUUGAUCAUAUUUUAAGGUAUGAUUUAUCUAUUUUUAGUAUAGCAAGACGUGCAUGAAGUCGAUUAUAAAAGAGGGGGAAAGAACGAGGAUAAUCAAUCAAAUAUUUUAGA